AUGUAUCAUGCAGGCAUGGAUCAAAUUGUAGACGUGAAAAUUGAAUUAGGGCCGUGGGUAUGGGAUAGUGUACAACGUUGGAUGAGUUUAUUUUUAGAAGACAAAGAAUGUUCUCGUUGUCAUCAUCCCAAAUCAGAGUUUGCAAACAUUCCUAAAAAUGUAUUAAAUCCAAACGAACAAAAUGACUACCCAAACAGAAACGUAGAUGAGGCAAUACAAAUUUAUGACAACAUUGAAAAUCUCAACUCAAACGAAUGUAAGGGAAUGCGUCCUACAUGGGAACAGGUUUUGGAAAUGAAAGAUUCUCAAAUGGAUGAUAAAUCAAGAAAUAACAAAAUUAGAGAGCUAGGACAAAGAACUUCGUAA